AUGAAUAACUUACAUGCUCCAACUGUCCCCGCCGGACCUACAAGCAUAUCGUCUACCAAUGGGACCAGCAGCCAUCUUAGCUUUGCUGAGCUACAGCAAAAGAAGGACAAUGUUGAGGCUGAGUUGAGAGCCCUCAGCGGCGUUCUCGAGUCCCACGGCGUCGACAUGAACACGCCUCUUCUUACAAGGGAUGGAUUUCCACGCUCAGACCUCGACGUUGCUCAGAUUCGAACCACAAGAGCGCAAAUCAUACGUCUAAAGAAUGACUACAAGGAGAUCAUGGCGAAUGCCGAAAAAUUCCUGCACGAGCAUUUUGCAAACGCAGCGGAAAGCGCAGAAUCUAGCACACCAGCUACGGCAGCCGGUACAUCUGAAAUUUUACCCGACAGCGAUACGCGGUCCCUUGAACCGCCGUUCGCCAAAAUUGAUAAUGUUUCUUCCGGUAGCCCGGCAGAGCUCGCGGGCCUCAAGGUGGGCGAUGAGAUUCGCAACUUUGGCUAUGUCACCCGAGCAAACCACGACGGUCUCAAGAAGGUUGCAGAGUGUGUUCAAGGCAACGAAGGGAGCAACGUAUUCAUUCGAAUAUCACGACCCUCUGGUGCUGCGUCGCGGGAGGAACUGCGGUUAACACUCACACCACGACGAAACUGGGGCGGGCGAGGCAUGUUAGGCUGCCACAUUAUUCCGAUAUGA